AUGUUCAGCACACUCGAGUAUUUCACGAACGCGGACGGAUCUUUCAACGACUGUCUUGUUGCUGGGAGGUUCAAGAAGUCUGAGCUGGAGGUCAAGGCCGAGAAGACUGGGAGCGGAACCUUUGCGGACGUGUACAGGUCGGAGAUCAGGUUCCCUUGCGUGACCAAGAAGAUGCGAGCGAUCUCAGGGUCCGAUGAUCUCAAUUCGUUUGUGAGGGAGGGGGAGAUGAUGCGAAAUCUGCGGCAUCCCAACAUAGUGAAGAUGCUGGGCAUUCACAUUCACAACAACACUUACUCCUACGUGCUGGAGUUCGCGCAGGGGGUCAACCUCUUCGAUUACCUUCACAAGAUGCAGAAGUCGAUCGCGUUCACGAGUCAGAUCAAGAUCCACCAGCAGGUCUGCGAUGCUGUCGCCUACAUCCACUCAAACCGCGUGAUGCACCGCGACCUCAAGCCGCAGGCACUUGGGCUUAACAUCAUCUACCGCGACAGCUCCUCCUCCAUCAAGAUCUGCGACUUCGGCCUCGCCACUUUCAUACCCGAAGGCCUGGACGAGGUUGACCCCAUGCACGUCGGGACCGGAGGGACCCCCGCGUAUCUUGCUCCUGAGAUUCUGAAGCGGAAGGCGGUUGGUUUCAAGGCCGACGCGUACAGCUAUGCUGUCGUCAUGUGGGAGACUUUCACAAGGAGGCUGCCCUGGGCAGACUGCAACCUAGAACAGGAAUGUCUCCUCCUCCUUCUGAUGCUUCUCUCCCUGCUCCCUCUGCUCCCUCUGCUCCCUCUGCUCCCUCUGCUCCCUCUGCUCCCUCCUCCUUCUUGUUUUCCUCCUACACCUGCCCUUGGCCUCAUGCUUGCAAUGUUCAGAUGA